GGUUACUUCUCUUCUAGUGUCACGAAAUGGACAUCACAUUAGACUUUGAUGAUAGUCUGAACAAGACAGACGCCAGCAAAAUGGACAUCAGCCAAGAGUCAGAAAGUGAUCAGGAGAAGGUUGAUGAUGCUUCUCAAAAUAAUGAAGGUGAAGAAAAUGAUAAAUCAGACGAGGGAAGCAUUUCUUCAGAAGAAUCACAAAGACAGGAGGAGAAUAAUGCGGACGGAAGUUCUGAAGAAAAAGAAAACAAGAGUACAGACGGCGAAAAAUCAGACUCAGAAGAAGAAAUCAGUCCGGACAAACCAGAAGAAUCCUCUGAAAAGCAGGGAAACGAAGAAGAAGGAGAAAAUAAGAUGGAUGCUACAGUUGCUGAACCGGGUGAGACAGGGGCGGAACCUGAAGAGGGUGAAACUGUUGCUGAACCUGAAUUUGAUACUAUUGAGUUAACAUCAAACGAGUUUGAGAAUGAUCUGUUGGGCGCUGCAAUUCCUGUUACUGAGGACGCUUCUGAAGUAGAAAAGGUGAAAGAAGUGCCUGUAGUGGAGAAAGUUGUGCAGAAAGUUAAACCUGCCCCAAAGAAGUCAGCACCACCCCCUAAAAUUCACAAGAGAACGUUUGAAGAGAGCGAAGAGCAACCUGAGCGACCUCGUAUACAGUGGGAAUGCAAACUAGUCAAAAACAUCAUCUCUACAACUCUUCUAAAGGAUCUGAUAGAGGUGAAGCUGAACAAAGAAGAAGAGAACAAUGAAGCUAAUCUCGCUCGCGGUAGAAGAAACAGGCCUAUCCGUACCACCUCUGGAAGUGAACCUAAAAAGAAAGUUGUUAGGAAGGAGGAUGAGGACUUGGACUUUGAGCCCGAGUCUGAACACGACUCCGAUUCCGAGGAGGAGAAAGAUGCUACUCGAGACCCCACAGCAUUCCCCGCACCUCCAGCUGAAGCAGUGGGCCGGUCCAGAAAGGACGAGAACAGAGCCCUACUCGUCACAAACCUCAUCAGACCUUUCACUGUCCUUCAGCUCAAGACCAUGUUAUCGCACUGUGGUAAAGUAAAGAGUAUUUGGAUCAACACUAUCAAAUCUCGCUGCUACGUAGUGUUUGCGACAGUAGGUGAAGCGACACGAGCGCGACAGUCGCUCCAUGGUGCGGUGUGGCCGCUAACCAGCCCCAAAACUCUUAAUGUGGAUUACGCGGAAGACGAGAGGAUGUACAGCGAAACAGACGGUGAACUGAUCGGAGACAGUAUUGACAUUCAAGUCUUUGAGGAACAGAAGAGAAAGAAGCCUAGAAAAGAAAAAGGAGACAAAAAGGAAGCUAAGAAAACUUUAUUGGAUGAUUUCUUCAAGAAAACUGUAGCGGUUCCGAGUAUUUAUUGGCUUCCUCUCAAUGAAAAAGAGGCUAAAGCACGAGCAGAAGAGCGUGCGAAAGGAAAGCCGCGCUACUUUGUCCCGGAGCCGGAGCUAGAUGCUGAGUACGUAAGACCACGCGCCAUUCCCAGGUGGAAAACUCCAGAGAGAACCAGGUCCCCCGCCAGAAGGAGGGUCGAUGAUAGAAGACGCAGAUAAGGACCACGUGACAGCAGCAAAUUUGAGUCAUGUGACAUGUUCGUUAUAAACCACUUUAAAGUCCUCAAUAAGUUUCGGUUCCCAUUGUGAUGGUUGACAAUGUUAAUGGCAGUUUACUCUAACAUUUAUGUUAUUUAAGUUUUAUCAGUUCAUAAAGUUCAAAAAACAGUUAUUUAAUCUAUUUAAUUUUGAGGCUAUAUGUCCUGUAUUACUUUGUAACUUAAUAUGGCAUAAUAUUCCUGGGACAAUAUCAAAUAUAACAGGGGUUCGCACGAGGCAUAAUAUAAGUGUAUCUGAGGUUGUUAAUUUUAUACGCUAUUCUGCCAGAUUUUAUGACAGUUUGUUUUCUUAAGGCCGGUUGUGGCUGGGGUCAGGUUAAUAUGUGUAAAUAUAAAUUGUCGUUCGCGGUGCGCGUGUUGAAAUUUGGCAGAAUAGGGCGGUCGAUCCAAUUUUAUAUCGAAAUGCUUUUCCUAGUAAAAACAUAGUUAUGUCAGAGACGAGAGAGGGAACAUUCACCAUUGCUACGCUGCUAAACUUUCGUGCAGGUUCUGUUCGCUUCUACGUCUAGGUUCGGUAUACUUGCGCGGCUCAGUUCGCAUGCGUAUUUUUAUUGCAAACUUGGAACCGUGCAAGUGAACCGAACCUGCACAACAGUUUAACACAUAGCUAUAUCUAUGGGGAUACCUUUACAAUAUUAUCGGGAGGAGUAAUAGUAUUGUUAAUGCCAUCAAUAAUAUUGAUAAUCGUGUAUCAGUUUUAUCAGAGAGUAGCACCCAGUCUCACAUUUUAUCUGAGACCGAGGUCGAGUAUUAUAUAUUUGACUCUUAUUUUAGCCAGAAGUACCUUGGCACAUCUAAAGUAUUGGCUUGUGAAUGAGAAUGAUAUUGAUAACGCGCUGACAAUAAUUUAUGUGAAAUUACGAAUUUAAACAUUCAGCUCUUUGGAA